CCUCGCCAUGCGCACACGCUCGCCCUAUGGCGCGUCGCCUGGCGCUGCUAGCGCUGCUGGCGUGCGCGGCCAUCGCGCUCACUUCGCCCGUACGAUAUUCGGACACUUCAGAUUCAACUUCCUUUGAUCCUUUCGAUUUAUGGGAAGAUUCCUCUGAAUCUUUAGAACCAUCGACUAGGAAACCAAGUGCCAAAGUGAUACUAAAAAAUAAAGCCCCCAAAGUUAAUGUGACUGUCAAAAAUAAUGACGGUAAAAAGAAAAAAGUAAUUAAAACUACCAAUAUCAAAAUCGAGAGUCAUACAAACUUUAUAGUGACAAAAAAACCUUUUUUGAAACCUAACAGAAUCUCAUACCCAACUGUUGGUCAUCCUGGAAAUGAACAUUUCUGGUUCAGUGAAAAUGUAGAGCAGAUAGCUAAUUGGACAACUAGAAGACCUUCGUCUCGGCGUCCAACGGCAAGACCUCCAACAAAACCAAAACGGGUGACCACAACCCGUCAACCUAUCACUGUCACCCACCAUCGAGUAUCUAUUAGUACUACUCCUAAAUCAACAAAAAUCCUGCAAAAAACUACUUGCCCACCGAAAGAGACUGCUUGGUUUUCUACAUUUUUUCAGGGUGAUAAGUUUAAGAAAAAACCUCCGAAGCAACCAGCAAAACCAGGUUGGUUUUCAGGCUUCUUCAUGAAAAUUUACGAUUGGAUAUCAAAAUCUAGCUGGUUUGGAGGCGCCAGUUGGUUUGAAAAACCGAAACCCAAACCCUCAGCAACAACAGUGUCACCAUGGACGAUGCCCAAUUCUGAUUGGUACUCGGCUCUACUUAACACGGAAAUAAGCGAUGGAUUUUAUUUGGAAUCUAUAAGCACAGAUAAAAAAUUGAAAAAGAAAUCACCGAGAAUAACAUAUAAAGGUUAUCAGUUACUUCGAAUAUACCCAAAAAGUAAAGACAAGCUAUCUGCUAUAGUUGAAUUGCAAGAAGAAGGUGAUGGUUCUGGUCUAAUGUGGUGGACCAAUCCCACAGUUAAUGGGUAUAUAGAUCUUCUUACGCCACCAGACCUCCUAGAGGAUGUUAAACAUCAUCUCAGCUACUAUAACAUAGAUUUUGACAUCCUGAUCAGAGACUUACAGAAAGCAGUAGUACUCGAAAACCCAAAACUUUCAAAGAAAGAAAGAUUAGAAUCGAACAAAGUAUUUGGCCACCCAAUGACGUGGAGGCGAUAUCAUCGAUAUGCGGACAUUUUGCGUUAUUUAGACUACUUACAAAACUCAUACAGAGAUUUAGUAGAACUUAUAACGCUGGGCAAUUCAUCUGAAGGACUUCCAUUAAUAGCUGUUAAGAUAUCAUUACAUAGGAAUGAAACUGGUAAAAAAGAUACAAAAGGUGACAAGAAAAAAUGGAAACUCGGGUCUCGUCAAAAACCUGCGUUGUGGUUAGAUGCGGGCUCUCAUGCCAGAGAAUGGAUUUCACCUGCAGUUGCGACAUGGAUAUUGCAAGCUCUUAUAGAAGGUGAAAAAGGCCAGGGAGCCGAUCACGAAAUAUUAAAACAAGUAGAUAUCUAUAUAAUGCCAGUUUUAAACCCGGAUGGCUACGAGCAUUCUCACACUCACGACCGACUUUGGAAGAAAACUCGCUCUUCUUAUAGAGAUCAGACCGAUGACUACUUUGUUGCAUGGUUGCCAUGGAAUUGGGGUCGAGGAGAGUGUAUGGGCGUGGAUCUGGAUCGCAACUGGGACUACCGGUGGGGGGAACAGGAUUCAUCUCGAGACAUUUGCGCAGACAACUACGCCGGCCCGCAUCCCUUCAGUGAACCAGAAACUAAAGCAGUCGCAGAGUUUUUAGCUGAACGUAAAGGUCAAAUUAAGGCGUACAUUUCCCUGCACGCGUAUUCUCAAGCGUGGUUGGUGCCGAGCGCCCCCACAAGGAUCCCUAAUGAUGAUGACACACUCGUCAUGGAAAUGGGUAAACUAGCCACUGCGGCACUCGCAGACAUGUAUGGCACUAAAUACCAGAUUGGAACCGCUGCUGAAGUACGUCAAGAAGCUUCAGGAAUGUCACAUGAUUGGGCAAAAGCACGUGCGGGCAUUAAAUACUCCUACCAUGUCGAUCUUGGAGACUCCGUCGGACCCUAUGGCUAUAUACUGCCUGCCGCUCAAAUAGUAUCUACGGCACGCGAGACUUGGGAAGCCGUUAAAGUUAUUGUGGAUAAUUUAAAUCCUUAGAUUCAUAUUGUCUUAGAACUGUUAAUAGUGACAUAAGUAUUUAAUUUUUAUAUAUAUCCAUAAUAAAAGUAGAAGAUCGAA